AUGCCAGCACGCAGACGGCACGUCCUAGGGCACGAGGUUGAUCGCGAGUCUGUGACCACGAAUACGGAAAACGACUCGCGACUGCAGCAACGGCUAUAUUGUCACGAUGACGAUGCGAGUGGCGGACUGUUGAGCGGAACCGUUUCGGAUAAACAAUCACGGGAUACCAGUACGACGACGACGACGACGACAAUGAUGACGUCCCGUGACAGGACCAACGAGUUCAUCAAUGCGAUCCGCUCGAUGCAGAGCAGAUCUGCCGCGCGGACCGCUGCCACCAGCGCGACUAUGCAGAAUCCUCGUCGAGCACGCCAGUUACAGACCUACUCGAACUUUAUGAUGACAGCCAAGAACAUAGGCAAAAAUAUCACCAGCACGUACACCAAGCUGGAGAAGCUUGCCCUAUUGGCCAAAAAGAAAUCCAUAUUCAACGAUAGGCAACUGGAAAUUGAGGAGCUUACUAAUAUAAUAAAAACGGAUCUGAAAAGUCUGAAUAUUCAAAUUGGAAAGCUACAAGAGCUCGGAAAAUCCCAAAGAGAAGGCUUUGGAUAUUCUCAAAGCCACCAUAUCGCCUCACAUUCUUCCUCGAUCGUAAUGGCACUGCAAUCAAAGCUAGCAAAUAUGUCCAAUAACUUCAAAAACGUUCUAGAAGUUCGGUCUGAGAAUAUGAGAGAAGAGCAAAGUAGGAGACAACAAUUUACUCAAGGAUCACUGUCGACUAUGCUGCCCCCGAGUGUUGUUUCGGGAAGACAGGGUUCUCUGUUAUUACAAGAAGAGACAAAUAAUACAGUUGCGAUAGACUUGGAGCCAGCAAUGAAUCAUCAGUUGAUGCAACAAGCUAUGCAAGAUGACACUGAUGCCUAUGUCCAAUCGAGAGCUGAAACUAUGCAAAACAUAGAGUCCACUAUAGUUGAGUUAGGUGGCAUUUUCCAGCAACUGGCACAUAUGGUCCAAGAACAAGAGGAAAUGGUCGAGAGGAUAGAUAGCAAUAUAGAGGAUACCGAGUUGAACGUGGAAGCUGCACACACUGAAAUUCUGAGGUACUUUCAGUCUGUGACGAACAAUAGGUGGCUGAUGAUAAAGAUAUUUGCAGUUUUGAUAUUUUUCUUUGUAUUUUUCGUAGUGUUCCUGGCAUAACACUACCACGAUAAUUAUUUAUAUCGUUACUUUUUAUCAUUCAUAUCCGCACUAUUUGUGAUAAUAAGAAACAGUUGCGAAACAAAACGGCAAUUUUUACGAAGUUACGACACGAAUGAAUAACGUAGACUAAACGAAAAGAAUUUCGUGCAUUCCUUAUCCCUUUCCCUUCAAUUGUGAAUAUUGUAAGUACUAAUUAAGUGCGGCAUUACUUGUACAUCGCGACUUGCUGAAAAUAUAAGAUGUAUAAAAAGUGAAGAUAUUUCUAUUAGAUAAAUGAA